AGCGCCAAAAAAUUCACCCCUCAAAACCAAAAGGAGCGCCAAAAACCAGAAGAGUCGAAGACACGGCUGCGCGGCGCACCCCACCACCAGUCCCUCGCCGCCAGCCGAGGAGACGAAGCCGGAAUCCGCCGCCGCGUCCAUUGAGGAGCGCAAGCCGCCAUGAAGUUCAAGGCCUCCUUCACCGACGACGGCAUCUCCCUGCUCGACAAGCGGUUCCUCCCGGCCAUCGACAAGGUGGGCCGCGUGUGCCACGUCUACCUCACCCCCACGCACGCCAUGCUCCUCCACAACCUCCUCGGCUCCACGGGGCCCGACGGCGACGGGCCGCAGUGCGUCGCGCAGUUCGCCAAGGACCUCCUCUUCCGCGAGUACAACGUGUCGUCGCGGGACGGCAACCGCGUCGCCUUCUCCGUCGACGUCGCGCUGCUCCAUCGCGCCAUCCGUAGCGCGCUCGCUGUCCACGCGCAGUCGCCGGCUGCCGGGGACGCCCCCGCGGCGAUUCAGGUCAAGCUCGUCAACAAGCAGACCCCCGGGUCCCGUUCUGCUGCCCCGUUCCUCACGUUCGAGACCAAGGGCGCUCGCUCCGCCGUCGUGCAGGACGUGCCCAUCUCGAAGCCACUGUCACGCUCCGAUGUUGCGCGCUUGCAGGACGCACUUGAUGCCGCCCAAGAGCUUCCUGAGACUCUGGCCCAGGUUCCAGAUCUACAACAGUUACAGAACUUGGUGGAUCGUCUAAAAAACAUUGGUGAUCUUCUGUCUGUAACUGUUACCCAAUAUGGUGAUCUCCAUCUGCAAGUUUCAACUUCUCUUGUUACUCUUGGUUCAGAAUUCAAAAGGCUUCGGAUUCUUGGUGCUCGUGCAAAUGCACCUGUCGUUGAUCAAAAUGUGAGUGCUACCAUUCGUAUGGAAAUGGCGGUUGAGAGAGGGGAAGCACUGUCAGUGCAAGUGAGCAUGAAGCACCUAGUUAAGAGCCUACAAUGUCAUUUGGCCAAGCCAGAUUGUACCUUCUAUGGUAUUGCUCCUAAUGGUGCUUGCUUGACAGUGAUAUUCCAGUACUUCAUUCCAGGAACACGGUUGACGGAUAAAUCCAUCAGCUUUUACUGUAGGCUUCCAGUCCUUGACCCUGGCACCAGCUAAAGUAAACUACUCCCUCCGUCCCAUAAUAUAAGAGAGCAUUUUUGACACUACACUAGUGGAAAAAACGCUCUUAUAUUAUGGGACGGAGGGAGUAUAUCACAGCAUGGUACUUGCUUGCUUUUAGUAUCAGUAGAUUAGGUUUGGUAGCAUUAUCUAGCCGAUGUACCUUUAAUUUUAUGACUUGUUUGUGGCUUUCAUAUAUAUUAACUUCAUGUCUUGCAAUGAUCUGCUUGUUCAUAUGGAAAACAUUUGGUGCAAACUGUGAAUGUUUGCGUUGGUGA